UCAGCCAAGAUAGGAUUUCUUAUCUAUUCAUUGUAAAGUGAUCUCACUGACUUUAUGUCGAAAUAUCUAUCUAUUUCACAUGUAUCUGAAUGAGUUUUUGAAAAAAUGACAAUAUUAGUUUUCAUAGUGUUAUUUUCAUUAGUUUUACCAUUUUCACAAGAGUCUGAUGUUCAAACUAUCGACCUUCUUGAAUUGGGAACAUAUAAAUGGGAAGGUCCGAACUCAAAUAGUGCAAUUAUUGAAGUUACUGCUACAAAUUAUUCAAUAUCGGUCACCAUUGAAAAGUGUAAUAUUGGAAAUCCUGAAGCCAGACCCAAUAAUGAAUAUCUAAUCUUGAAGAAUGGCUGUGAAGAUUCCCUUAGCACCGAUAAUGGAAGAAUAUUAGUUUAUAUAAAGAAACCGAAAACCUUUUAUUUUUUCUCUAGUUCGGUUAUUCUUCAAUUGGAAACACCUGGGACAUUAACCAAAGAAUGUACAGUAACUUUUGAAAAAGGAGAUGUGGAAAACACUACUCCUCCACCAGUUACCACAACUGAGGCAGUAACAACAUAUGGUCCUGAGGUUGCAAAAUAUUCCACUGUUUUUAUUUCUGGGAGACCUAUCGAUGAAUUCAACCAAAACAAAAGUUUAGUACAAGUUUUGAGGGAUUCUAUAGUUGCAAUGGCUACCGAAUACACCAAUGAUGAAGGAUUUUGUUUGACUAAAAAAAUAAAGUCCGAUGAUGUAGUUAUUUAUACCUUAGAGCAAUGCCCAACACAAUGGCCAGACUUCCAGAACUGCAUUCGACUAGUCUAUGCAGUACCAGUAAAAACCAACAAAGGGUGUACUCUUUGGAAGGGGUAUCAGUUGUCUAAAGAACAUUUGGAUCUUAUGUGGUCCAGGUUGGCUUUAAAAUACCUGAGCAAUGGUUUUACAGUGUACAAACAACCCGAAAUAAAUGAUUUGUUAACAUGGUGGGUGGUCUGUAUGAUCCUGUUGACUUUACUAUUCGCUAUUACAAUUAUAUCUAUAAACUUAGUCUGGAAGAGAAGACAGUUCCUCAAAAGGGCUCAAACUUUGAACGACAGAGAUUAUACACCGAACAAUAGGAAAAUUUCAGAGGAAUCACUGACGCCACCAUAUUUCCAACCAAUACCACCCAUGUUCGGCAAGGCUGACAGUUUUGAUGAGCAAGGGUUGGAUAAUGAAGGAUUUCAAUAUAAUCCUCUGAGCCUGGAUGAAAAUAGAACAAGUAUAUAGAAGAAGAAACAUGCCAAUAUAAAAAAACAACAUUUUGUAAUUAUUUAUAUUAAAAAAAUAAGGUAUAUCCAA